AUCGCCGAAUCAAAAUGUCCAUGCAUGGCGCGGAUAUGUCGCACGCAAGCACUUGGUAUUGCGGUUGCGCUGCCUAUAGCGUGACGCUUUCGGAAAGCGACGUAUUUUAUGACUUCAAAAAAUAUCCUUUUGACCAUAGUGCUUUGGUCCCUCACCGUGCAUACCGCUUCUUCAAAGUGCAAAGACAGCGGUAUAUAGUUUUAAAACAACUCAUAUAUUUAUUUGUUUUGCAGCUCUAGGUGGGGCUAAUAUACUACUCUAUACCGUACGGCCUAAAUUGAUUAAAUUUAAUCUUUUAACUGCGAGAAUAUUGAUUAUUAUUAUAGCGAAGGUCUGAAUGCUUCAAGGGGAAUAUUUAGCCUAGGAAGGCUUUCGUGGUCUGUGUGGUUCAUGUAGAUGUUUUUAUUGAGCCGAUGAAAGUUUUGAAAUCGUGCACGCUAUUUCUGCGUCAUGUUUACUUUUGCUUAGCAGCAACUAUAGUUUAGCAACAAAAUAUAGUAGCUAUGAAGCUACAAGCCUACGUCAAAAAAAUCGUCAAAGAAAGCCUUAUAGGUCUUUUUCUCAUCCAAAAUUCUCCGUAAUAUAGCCAAGCUUAUUUUGGUUGCUUUAGAAUCGAUUCGAACGUAUCGUAAUGAUAAUUGCAGAUUUCGUGACAAUUUGUGUUGACGGGGCAAAUUAUGUGUUGAAUAUUUAACGAACGGCAUAAUUACCUGACAAAGAAAUCUAAACAAAUAGUUGUCGCAAUUAACCCGUUGUAUAAACACACUGUGCAGUUCAUUUUGAAGCAAGCCGUCGACAAAGCAACUUCGAGACUCGAGCCAGAGAAGAAGCAAAGAACGUAGCACAAGAUUUGAGGAAUAAACUCACCAUGACAGCAUUCAGCGAAAAUGAAGAAGAUAACGGCGUUACUGUGAUGGACGCAGGUCAAUUUAUUGCACAAUCACGCGGUCCAGUUAUCAGUCCAACUUUAUCAUGUGCGCCUAUGAGUGUUCUGUGUAAGAGGAAGCGAACGGACGACGAUAUGUACGAGCAAAUUCAAAAGAAGAAGAGACGGCAUCGCACAGUAUUUACUCGCUAUCAGCUGGAACAGCUGGAGCUUGCCUAUCGUAUCUCGCAAUACCCAGACGUAGAGGCCAGAGAUUCGUUGGCAAAAAAAGUGGAUUUGGAGGAAGGCAGAGUGCAGGUGUGGUUCCAGAACCGUCGGGCCAAACAAAGACGUGAGGAACAACAAUGUAUUGCCGUCCAGGGAAAACCCUUAACAAAAUCACCAAUUGCAACUGAUGGCAAACCAAGGCUACACAAUGUUGAAUACCUUCCAUGGUCAUGCCAGAGUACGAUGUGCUAUCAACGGCCUACGGUACAGUAUACAUCACAACUGGAUAACCUGGUACCAAGAUGGACAAAUUUCUAUUCCUAUCCCGCAUCACUUUAUCAAGCAUACUAUAAACCCUCGAUUUCCUCGACAUCCCUUAUGGCGCCAACGUCAAAUUUUGCGAGUUAUAGAUGGCCUUUUGAACUUUGUCGGACAAAAUAGUGCCGUGAAGACUGAAGAAGCGAGAUUUUUAUCCGCCUUUGUUUUGUAAUGUGUAUAGAACAUUCACCUGCCAUUGCACCAUAAUAAUAAAUCAUUGCACCGAUGUGCAUUUUGCCAGAGUACAUCGUUGUUCCUGUCAGAAUUCUUUGAAAAAAGAGACUUAGUGCCGGUUUUCGAAAGACAAACGAACGUUAUAAUUAUUAGUUGCUCGCGAUGUAUUGUGGUAUAAUGUACAUUUUGCUAUCUUUUAGUUGUUCCAUUUGCACUUAUUCAGAAAGCACACUCACAUGUACCUCACUGAUUUAAAGGCAGAAUUAGUGCACCUCUCAAUUUUAGUGCACAGAUAUAUUUUUUAAUUAUUAAGCACCAAACCUUGAAUAGCGUUUCAUACAAACAUUUUUAUAUUGAUUUAAUAUGAGACAUAAUAUAACAUUUUGCAAAUUGCAUGCGCACUUCAACAAACUCUGUGACGUUAUUCAUUCUAUUCAGAGAAUAUAAAGACGUUAUAAUUUAUAAAUGAAAGCCUUGCACUGAUUGUAAUAAACUA